GUGAAACACACACACACACACACACACAAAUAAAGAGAAGAAAGGCGGGGAAAUAACUGGAAAUAGAAUUGCUGAAAGAGAGGCUAUUCAGCUCCAGUGGAGCAGCAGGCAUGCAAGAGGGAAAGAAACACUGACAGCUGUCUAGAAGAAGAGUGAGCAAAGUUGUGGUUUUCUAAAUCAUCGCUAGAAGAUGGAAGAUGGAGUUGUGAAGCAAGGCUUUCUGUACUUGCAGCAGCAGCAAACUUUUGGGAAGAAAUGGCGGAAGUUCUGGGGCGUGUUGUACAGUGGGAGUCUCUGCGCGGAUGCCUCUCUGGAGCUCCUGGAGGGUUCCGGCCUUCUGUCUACAGAAACUGCAAAGAAAGCUGGAAACAGCAAACACCUCAUCAAACUGAGUGACUGUGUUCAUGUGGCUGAGGCUUCCGGAGAAGCCAGCAACCCAAAAGAAACCAUUGCUUUUUUCCUGGAAACCACACAGAUGUGCUACCUGCUGGCUGCUAAGAAAACUGAGGCAGCUGACUGGAUCCUCGUGGUUUGUGAACAUGCUUUCUUGAAAAGCCAGGAAGACUGGAAGGAUCUCCUGAAAGGCAAGACCACUUCUGUCUUGAUGGCAGAGAACUCUCUUUACAGCUCCACAUGCACAGUGACUUCUGUAAAAGAGUUCCCUGUGAAAGUGAAGACAACACAGGCUUCUGAACACUGUCAACUCAGGGGCAGGUUUCUCCUUCGAGCCAAGGUGGAUGCUUUAGAACUAUGCAGCAUACAGAAGGGAAAUGUGCUCUACACCUGGCCAUACAAGUUCUUGCGGAGAUUUGGUCAUGACAAGGUGAUGUUCACAUUUGAAGCUGGACGGAGAUGCACUUCCGGGGAAGGCAGCUUGGAAUUUUUAACCCAGCAAGGCGAUGAGAUCAUUCGGGUAAUUGAAACAGCCAUCAAUGCUCAGAGAGCUGCUGGGGCGACUGACCAAUGCAAGGAAGGCUCUUUCCACACCUCCGCAAGGACUUCUUUUCUUGCCAGGGCUAGCAAUGAGACCCGGUCCUAUGAAGAAGGCACUUUGCAGGAAAAAGUCACGGCAGUGGAAAAAGGGCAACCACCUCAUGCAGCCAGCACCAAAUCCCUCUCAUUGGGGGCCGGCAGUCAGGGACAUCCAGUGAACAGGGGCAGAUUGGUGAAGCCCGUGGCCAGCUGCCCCUUGUCCAACAUCCAGUACCCACACUCGGAACUCUCCCAUUCCCUUCCAAGAAGAGAUCCCCAGUAUGGACCUGGGAUGCUGGAGAGAGCAGGGAAAAUGAUAGUUCCACAGAUCAAAGUGGAGCCUAACAGGGAGGAUGCAGAGUCCUUCGAUCCUGCCUUCAAGUCACUGGGGAGCAGAAAUGGCAACCGCCCCCAGCAAGCCAUUAGGGAGGCAUCAACCCCACUGAUGAGAGGUGACCGAAAUGAUGCAUUGGACAAGAUCUCAGCUGUUCUGAAAUAUGUCCAUAAUGACACAGAAGGUCUGGUCCACCAUGUUUAUGAUGAGCCCCAAGAAAUCAAAGGAGAUGCUUGGAAAUGGCAGGCCACUCCUGAGGAUCCUGUUGGCCAUGAAUAUCCCUAUAACCCAUACCUGGAUGACUAUUCUGUGCCCAAGAUGGCAGCAUCUUCUACACACAGGCUAUCCGAACAAGACAAAAACUUGCUUGAAGAAUCAGCAUUUGAUAAGAUUGUCCAGAGGUUCAAGAAAAACAAGAAUGCACAGUGAAUAGGAGGGGAUUGGAUGAAAGGAAUGACCAGUUCACAGGAUUAAGUUGUCUGGGGAGUUAUACAGGGUGGUGGUGGUUGGGAACAUAUCCAUAACUUAGGGGCUAUCAUUUUUGAGUGGGCGAGAAGAUCCAGGUGAGAACUUCCUGAAGUAGAAGCAAGGCUUUCAGUUGAGGAAUUAAGUUUGGAAAAAGAAAAGUGAAGGCCUUAUUUCUGCUUUUCUCCCCCUCACUUUUUGAAUUUAAGAUUGUAGAAUCUAAUACAGAACAGCAUUGUAAACCCGCAUAGGUUUGGGCAG